UAGGUAAUUUGUUUUAGAAAACAGCACAGUCAUUCUCUACUGAGCAUUCUCGUUUUGUGAGAAGAGGUGUUCCCUCAUAAUAUAGCCGGGUUGCUCUCUGGUGCUGGUCAGUUGUGACCAUUUAGGAACAUGGCAGCAGGUAGCUCGUACAGUAUUGUAGAAUAUUUUGGUGGAGAUGAUGGAUAUCGCUGUGGCUACUGUAAAAACGAAAAAGGCAACUUCUCGCAUGGGAUGUGGUCCCAUACUAUGACAGUUCAGGACUACCAAGACCUGAUAGAUCGAGGAUGGCGACGGAGCGGGAAGUACGUAUACAAGCCCAUCAUGAACAAGACGUGCUGCCCACAGUACACCAUCAGGUGUCAUGCCUUGAAGUUUCAGCCUUCCAAAAGCCACAAGAAAAUCCUGAAGAAGAUGAACAAGUUCCUGCUUGUGGGAGAGAUUCCCGAAGGCCAGUGUGAUGGAGAGCCCAUGGACUCUGUGUGUCACGAGAGUGGUCCGGCACGGGACUCGUCCCAGCUGAGUGCCUCUGAUGUUGAAGGUCCCAUCAACCCCCCCAGUGUGGACAAGGAAGCCGAAACCAACAGUGCCGCCCCGGAGCCCCCCAGGCAGGAUGCUGAUCCCCCUGCCAACGCCAAAGCCUCCCGCUCUGCCCCCAUACCAGGUAUGGGAGCGGAUCCCAGCAGGCCUCCGUGUCGGAAGGCCAAGGAGCUCCGUAAGGAGCGGCGGCUGCAGAAGGAGCAGAGACGGCAGCAGGAGACCGGGGACUCCGUCACCACCUCCUCCACCACCUCCUCCGCAGCCUCCUCAGUGCCCGCUCCAACUCCCGCUUCCACCACGUCCAACCAGACCAAGUCCCUGGAGGAGUUCCUAUCUGAGACGGCGCCCGACUCCCCUCUACACCGCCUGGAGGUGAGGCUAGUGCGCUCCAGUCCCCCCAGUUCAGAGUUCAAAGCCUCUUUCGACGCCUCUUACCAGUUGUACAAACUCUACCAGAUGGCCAUUCACAAGGAUCCUCCAGACAAGCCCACUGAGAGCCAGUACAAGAGAUUCCUCUGCGAUUCACCUUUGGAGGCGGAGACGGCUGCAGACGGCCCAGAGCUGGGCUACGGCUCCUUCCAUCAGCAGUACUGGCUGGACGGGCGGCUGAUCGCGGUGGGGGUCAUCGACGUCCUUCCCUCCUGCGUCUCCUCCGUCUACCUGUACUACCACCCCGACUUCUCCAACCUCUCACUGGGAGUCUACUCUGCACUCAGGGAGAUUGCCUUCACCAGGCAGUUGCAGAAGCAGUCUCCUAAGCUGUGUCACUACUACCUGGGCUUCUACAUUCACUCCUGUCCAAAGAUGCGCUACAAGGGUCAGUACCUGCCUUCGGACCUCCUGUGCCCAGAGACAUUCACAUGGGUGCCCAUAGAGCAGUGUGUGCCACGACUGGACGCCUCAGCCUACGCUCGUCUCAAUCAGGACGGCCAAGCAGUGGACGCUCGUGCUCUGCGAGAGUUGGCUCGUGCGCUGGUGCUCUACCGGAGGACCGUCAUGCCGUACGCCGCCUACACCCGCAAGUGCAAGGGCUCCGGCGACGAGGCCGAGGUGGAGCAGUACGCCCAGCUGGUGGGCCAGCCCUGCGCCGAGAGGAUUCUGCUCUACCGGGCCUGAACCAGGCCCUGGACUACCCUCUCUCAGACACACACACACACACACACACCUUCCUCCUCAGUCCCCGCUUACAAUAACGAGUGUCACAUCUCCGCAGCCCCCCGCACACACACAUACAGACACACACACACACACACACACACACACACACACCUUGUUUGACUGUGUUCACCUCCCACGAUCUCCUCUCAUGUUCAACACAGGCUGCUGUGUUUCUCCAAAGACUUGCUCAGUGUCCUCCUCCAGUCAGCCCAUGCAGCCUUGGCUCUGACCUCCUGCAUGUCCCCCCUUUGCACUCCUCCACUUCCUGAAGCACUGCGGCUCUGCAGCUGAGAUCUGGUCUACACCUGGCCCUGAUUUGGCCCCGGUCCGGCCCUGGUCUGGCCCAGAGCAUCAGAGACUCUGAUGCUGUGACUGUGUUAUCUCUACUGGCCAUUAUCUCCAUCCUACCGGUCAUUAUCUCCAUCAGGGUCAAGUAGCCAAUCUUGCCAGCCUCCCUGCAUGCAACCCCCCCCCCCCACACACACACACACACACACUCAAAUGACCUGCCCUGUCCUCCCUAAAGCCUUGGACCUCCUCACCACCCCACCUCCUCACCUGUCUUCACACUUUCUCAUUGACCUGGGUCACCCUGGCCUCGUCUGCAAAAAAAAAAAAAAAAAAAAAAAAAACAGCACCCUCAACAGGUCCAUAAUGCAACUCUGUACCGUGGUCCCUAUCACUGGUGUUCCUGGCAACAUCAUUAAAAACUCACCCGAGAGCCUGGAGUGUGUGUGUGGAGGGGCUUCGCUAUGCUUGUUAUCGUGAAGAGGUGCUCGGGUGUCGAGUUGACCCUCACGGUUCUAGGUUCCGCCGCAAGCCGGGUUUGUUCCACGGGCCGGUCGUGUCAGCGGUUCUCUGUUCCUGUGUCCUGACUAGUCUUACUUUUUGUAUCUGUCUGUCAUUUUACAUGUGCAUGUCUGUCUCUCUACCGCUGUUACCUGUCUGUCAUUUUACAGUACAUGUGCAUGUCUGUUUCUCUACCGGUGUUGCUGUCUCUCAGUCUUCACCAGUCUUUCUGUCUUUCUGACGCUUCCUGUGCGUGUAUGUUGGUAUGUGUCUCUGUCCUCUUCUCUGUAGACGGUUCACUCAUAUCCUUUCACUACGGUGUAGCUGAAUGCAAUAACCACUCUAUUAGCGUGUGCUGCUCUCGCUUAGCAAUGCCAGAGACUGUCCCAUCGCUCACUAAGCUUCUGCUCAAUGUUAUUGUUCCAUUCCCCUCUUCUCCUCCUCCUCCUCCUCCUCCUCCUCUACCUCCUCCUUCUCCUGCUUCUACUCUGUCUUUCUGUGAUCAGAAUCCAGCCGGUUGAUUCCAGCCGAACUUCAGAGCUCUGAAAUGUCCUGGUAUUAUUCAUGUCUCAGAGUGUUUCUCAGGCAUAUGAUCCCCAGAUCAGACCACACACACACACACACACACACACACAUGCAGACAGACUCAAAUACAGACACAAACACAGACACAGACACAUGCAUCUACACACAUUUCAGAUCAGAUCCAUACUGGAAGCAAGUGCCUCCAAGAUGCUUCUCUGUAUGUUUGUGUGUGUGUGUGUGUGUGUGUGUGUGUGUGUGUGUGUGUGUGUAUGCUUGUGCGCUCGCGUGCGCAGUUCUGCGUCAGCGCCUGUCAGAUGUAUGAACUGCCCCCCCCCCCUUUUGGCUAGACUGACAAUGGAACAGUGGAUUGCCAGUGAACUAUCAGCUCUGGGUCGCUCCCUCACCUGAUCCAGGGUCAGACACAGGUCACUAAGGGGCUGAUGGUGAAGAGUCUCUGAGAGCAUUAUAGCCAAACCGCCCACCCACCCUUCACCGGCACCCGGGCUCCUGUGGUCUGGAACACACUGCCUCAGCAGGCCACAGAAUGAAGUAUGGAGUGUGCGAGGUUGAGUUCUUCACAUGUAUCUGAUGGCUGAGACAGCACAGGCCUCAUCGAUCCCAUAAUUAAGAUCUAGAACCUCAACUCCAACCGCGGCAUAGAACAUAGAGCUCUGAUGUCAUACAGCUAGACUGGAGACCGGCACUUUUGCUUUGGUAGCAUCAAUAGGGAGAUUAUGCUGUUCAUGACUAGCUAACAAACUCUGCAUUACGGAUCACAUCAUAGCUGCUUCAGCCAGUAAUAUUCUCAGUUUUAUGAUCAGUAGUAUUCCUCAGCUUUCACUUAUUACAGAUGUACAGAGUCCGGUUGAUUCACGGUCUACAUGAGGUAGAUGUUAAGUCCUACAAGGACUAAAACAAAUGGGACUAAAUGUCAGCUGGUUGUUUUUAAUUCAUGAAACAACACGCACUCUGUUUUGAAUUUUGAAUAACAACGGUCAUAACAUUGCGCAAACACAGAAGCUCCAUGCUCCAACGACUGCCAUUUAGUCCAGACACUGUCCUCCAUGCUGUGGGCUGCUCCAAGUACUGUAGCUGUGCACUCUGCAUUGGACCCAGUGUGGCCUUGGGACUGGACCGGGGUUGGGUCAGGGUGGAGCAGGAGCUGUACCUUUUGGGCCAGUGUUCGGUUACUCACUUACCUCUGCUGUCUCACUAUGACACACACACACACACACACACACACACACACACACACACACACACACACACACACACACAUACUGUACAUAUACAGUACAUACACUCACACUCGCCCACACACACUCAUGUCCAGGACUAUACAUAUCAGAGGCCAGUCCACCCCUGCCCCUCGCCACCCCCACUCUACCAGCCUGUCAGCCCAGGAGGGAGGAGGCUGCGUCUGGAGGCAAAGUCCCCUCCAGCCCCAUUGUCUGCCUGAUGCAGCUGUGGAACAGCUAAAUUAUAACACACCCCGACAAACUGGCUUUUCUGUGGAACAAUGAAACGAAACCCUGCUUUGUGCUCUGAUGCUUUUAUUUUUUUGUUUUCUUUUGUUUUGUUUGAGUUGGAUUUGUUUUUUUCCUCCCUCUCACUCUCUCUCUCUCUCUCUCUCUCUCUCUCUGUAACACAUUUAUAGCUUAAGUGCAUCUGUUU